CUGAUUAUAAAUAUAUUUAUAUACUGUGCUGUUGUUGUUUACUCAGAUGUCAUAUGUAUAAAAGUUAGAGUUAAAGUGGUCUUCUUACACAGUUAAAGUGACGGUAAAAUCGUUGAAUAGCACGCUGAAUUAAGGUCAUUUAAGAGAAAGACAACGAAUUUACCAUGCAGAUUGCAAUGUCCAGCUUGAAAAUGGGGAAUCUUUUGAGAUGGCAUAUGCAGCGGCGACUCCUCUCCGCGGCCGAACCUCCACGCCAAGCUGCUCGGAAGGAAGGUCAGCCGGGUCACGAAAGCUACGGGAGCGUGGAUUACUGGCGAGAGGGUAGGACAGCUCACGUGAUGCUUAAUCGACCUGAUCGUCUCAACGCCAUCGACGCCCAACUCCCGUUCCAACUCCAGUCCGCAAUUCAGCGAGCCAACUGGGACGACGAGGUCACAUUUUCUUCUCCGACUGAUGGUGGCAGUGUCCACGCCGUCCUUCUCUAUGGCGCCGGCAAAGCCUUUUGUGCAGGCUAUGACCUCAAGACUUUCGCGGAAGAGAGGGAUGACGGGAUUGAUAGUAACACGACGGAGGAAGAAAUGCCCAGAUAUACCAACCAAGAGAUGCCCUGGGACCCCUCCCUCGAUUAUCAGUUCAUGUGGUCAGCCACGCAAGCUUACAUGGAAAUCUGGAGAAGCAAUAAACCCGUCGUGGCCAAGAUCAAACGGGUCGCGAUCGGCGGUGGGAGUGAUAUUGCUCUAGCAUGCGAUGUCACAUUUAUAGAAACUACGGCAAAGAUUGGAUAUCCCCCUUCAACGAUUUGGGGCUGCCCAACCUCGGCAUUUUGGUACUACAGGUUGGGGAUGGAGAAAGCCAAACGAAUCCUAUUCACUGGUGAAAUUUUGAGUGGCGAGAAGGCGGCGAGAAUUGGUUUGAUUGGCGAGGCGGUCCCUCCAGACCAGAUUGACCAAACGGUCGAUGAAUUUAUGGAGCGCCUUGGAACGGUGCCCAAGAACCAGUUGUGGUAUCACAAGACUGUGACGAACCAGGCGGUGGAAGCCGCCGGACUUUUGUCGGCCCAACGACUCUCCACCAUUUUCGAUGGCAUGUCGAGACAUUCUCCAGAGGGUGUCAUGUUCCAGAAGAGAUGUGUCGACGUUGGUUUUAAGAAGACUGUGAAGGAGAGGGACUGUGGGAAGGAGACCGUGUGGUCACACCUCCCACGACAAACCACCGGCGGUGGUACAAAGAAGCAAUAAUAAACUGAAAGUCCGAACAACAUUUAUUUAUUUAUUUAUUCCUCACCUCACACAAAUUAUAUUGUCAAGCGUUAUAGUUAAUUAAAACACACGUUAAAAAUUUCUACAAACCCAA